UUUAUUAAUUAACGUAUUACGCAAUCACCUCUCUCUUUCUCUCUCCUCCACCCUUUCUGCUUUCUCUCUCAACAAUCAAACUUUUGCAGGAGCCCUAAAUUGGAGCUCCAGAAAUUAGAAAAUUAAAAAAAGGGGGUGUUUUGGGUCGAAUUUGGAGGGUUGAAUUUAUUAUUAUUAAUAAAAAUGGACCAAAUUUUUAAUAAGGUUGGAUCUUACUGGUUGGGUCAAAAAGCCAACAAAGAGUUCAAUUCCGUCGGCGAUGACAUUAAUUCUCUGGGAAGCAGCAUUGGAGAUAGCACCAAAUGGAUAGUCAACAAACUUAAAGGGAAGAUGCAAAAGCCAUUACCAGAGUUGCUAAAGGAAUAUGAUUUGGCAAUGGGAAUCUUCCCAAAGGAUGCCACCCACUAUGAGUUUGAUGAGAGGACAGGAAAACUUACAGUAUAUGUACCUCAAGUCUGUGAAGUGGGCUACAAGGACUCAUCGGUUUUGCGAUUUUUUACCACCGUUACUGGGUACCUUGAAAAGGGGAAGCUUGCUGAGAUAGAGGGUUUGAAGACAAAAGUAAUGAUCUGGGUUAAAGUGACUGCCAUUACUUCUGAAGGUUCAAAGCUCCAUUUUACGGCUGGAGUGAAGAAAACCCGCAGUAGGGAGGCUUAUCAGGUUCUUCGGGAUGGAGUAGGUGUAGAUAAAUUCUGACCUGAGCUCAAAUGACAUGAUAUAUGUUGCUUGGAAUCUUUAUCCAAUGUAAUGUAACUGCGAGUAUGUAAUGUAACUGCGAGUACAUCUAAAUGUAAUUUGAACCUCUAGAUUGUUGUUUGUAACUGAAAUGUGCUUAUGCCUGUUCCGCAUAUGCCAAUUUUAUGUAUGGAUAAACGAGCUCUUUCUCUGCCAUAAUUUUGGCCAA